GUCGUCAGUCAAGUAGUGCAGCACAGCGCCAUGAGCCACUACAGCGACGUAUUUGGCUUGCAGACUAGCUAGAAAGUGCCGGGCUUUGCGGCACCUCGCAGCAAUUCAGUCGCUCUGAGGUGUGAAUAUACCAGUGACCUUGCCUGUCCAAUCGAGCGGCACGGGUGAGAGAUCUAUAGGCAUGCCAUCGAACUCUCUCUCCAGCUCGAUACCCGGCGAUCCAAUAUCACAAGGUAAAUCUGAAGUUUCCUGCAAUUUGGGUAAGCGAUGAUGCGCAGAUCAGGUUUAAACUGAAGCAGCUCCUCAAAGAAGAGGAGUGCCGUGUGCAAUGUUCGACGGAGUGGUGAAGCGACUAUGCAAUCGAUGGAUUACAUGUCCCCAAGCUUUCAGGCAAGGUCUCUGCAUUGCUGCUGUCCUUCAAGGGUCAGCCUGGGGUCGUGGAAUUGGUGGACUUUGAUGUUGAGGUUGUGGAAGCCUUGGGCGUGGCGGACGAGGGUGAGCUGCUGUGGAGGCAUCUUGCGUGCUGUCUCGAAGUGCGGUAAUGAGCAUCGAAGUCUAUAGUAGUGAACCGCGUUUUGUUUAACGCCGCAUUGAAGGCUACUGAUACCUAGAAGUCAAUUGACCCGCUCUACGGUCUGCAUAUUGAAGCAUGUGCUCUGUCCG